CUGUAACUUUAGGCUGUCAUCUUGUACUGAGUAACUUGCCUGACAGAAUUGCUGCAGGACUCCCUGGUGGAGCAAUGAAGACAGUCUGUGUUCUCCUGCUUGCUGUAGCACUGAGCAAUGCUUUAGAAAGAGGCCGAGAUUAUGAAAAAGAUAAAGUCUGCAAGGAGCUCGCCCACCUGGGAAAGGAUGACUUCAGAACUCUGUCACUAGUCCUCUACAGUAGGAAGUUUUCCAGGGGCACCUUUGAACAGAUCAGCCAGCUUGUUCAUGAAGUCGUCACCUUGACAGAAGAGUGCUGUGCUGAGGGGGCCGAACCUGAUUGCUAUGAUACCAGGACUUCAGCCUUGUCUACCAGGUCUUGUGAGAGCAACUCUCCUUUCCCUGUGCAUGAAGGCACACCUGAGUGCUGUGCCAAGGAGGGUCUGGAGCGGAAGCUAUGCAUGGCUGCCCUAAGCCACCAGCAGACCGAGUUCCCUAACUAUGUGGAGCCAACCAAUGAUGAAAUCUGUGAAGCAUUCAGGAAAGAUCCAAGGAGAUUUGCUGAACAAUUUCUGUAUGAAUACUCCAGUAAUUAUGGACAAGUUCCACUAGCACUUUUACUUGGUUACACAAAGAAUUAUCUCUCUAUGGUUGGGUCCUGCUGCACCUCCCCCAGUCCAACACUGUGCUUUUUGAAAGAAAGACUCCAGAUUAGACACUUAUCUCUCCUGACCACUAUGUCAAAUCGAGUCUGUUCACAAUAUGCUGUGUAUGGAAAAGAGAAAUCAAGGAUCAGUCAUCUCAUAAAAUUAUCCCAGAAAGUACCUACCGCUGAUUUGGAGGAUGUUUUGCCACUAGCUAGAGACAUCACUACAAUCCUCUCCAAAUGUUGUGAGUCUACCUCUGAGGACUGCAUUGCCAAAGAGCUGCCUGAAUAUACAGUAACAGUCUGUGAUAAACUAUCCAAGAGAAAUUCAAAGUUGGAAGAAUGUUGUCAAGAAGAAACGCCCUUGAGCAUUUUUACAUGCAUAUACUUCAUGCCAGCUGCCCCUGUACCAGAGCUGCCAUCCAUUGAGAUGCCCACAAAUACAGAAGUGUGUGGGCAAAAAAACACCAAAGCUUUGGAUCAGUACACAUUUGAACUGAGCAGAAGGACUCCUAUUCCAGAAAUAUUCCUCAGCAAAAUACUGGAACCAAAUCUGAAAAGUCUUAAUGAAUGCUGCGAUGCCGACGACUCUUCUACCUGCUUUACUGACAAGGUUUCUGAACUAAAGAAGGAAUUAUCUUCUUUCAUUAAGAAGGGACAAGAAUUAUGUGCAGAUUAUUCAGAAAACACAUUUACUACAUACAAGAAAAAACUGGUGGAGCGACUAAGAACAAAACGGCCUGAAGCCACAUCCACGGAGUUGGCUGACCUGAUGACUGAGCACUCUGACUUUGCAUCGAAGUGUUGCUCCAUAAAUUCUCCUCCUCGCUACUGUGCCACACAGAUUGAUGCUGAAAUGAGGAAUAGUUUGCAGUGAUAAUGCAUAUGUACUGUUCUAGAUCUCAUCCUGGAACAACAAUAGAAUGAGCUCUGAUGGCUAAUCUGAGGCAUCCACGGAGACCUUAUGAUACUUCUUACUUACUCCUACUAUAUUGUAAUCAUGGAAUUCUCACUCUGUUGAUUUUCUGUGAGAAUAAAUUGAAAUAGAAUAGAAAAAUUAAAUCUGAGAAUGAUGGUCUUGA